AUGGCAGGAAUUUCAGGCUAUUCGAACGACCGCAUUCUGGACAAUUUCCUGUCGUUUUCAUUUAAAAAGCCUCGCAAGAAUCUGUGUCAAGCAGCACAACUGAUUAUCAUGUUGUUCACCGGAACUUUGCCAAUUAGAAACACCGAAAAUUUAUGCUUCAAGAAUGAUAAAAACUUUUCUUUUCAUGAUGUAGAAAAAUUAAUUUAUAUGAUUUCGAAGCCAGCGGGUGCUUUUGCUUUGUUUGAAAAUUGUUUUGGUUUAAGGAAAUCAGAAAUUUACUUUGAAUUCCUUUUUUUCUUCAUGCAGAAAUACGAAAUUUAUUGA